ACAUCAUGCUGCGGUGCUGUUGGGCGCGGCACAAUGCUUGGCCGUUCCCUUGGCUGUAUAUACGAGAUGAACAGCCACAAUCCUUUACAUAAGUCUUUUCAUCCAUAAUUGUUGCCUUGACUCUGGAAGUUGCGUACCUUCAUUGAUUGCUCCAACCCUACGAGAUGCCAUCUCCUCUCCACACUCGAUUUGUCCGACAAUGUCGCGACUGAAAACCAUCGGCCAAGUCACGGCUGCAGCUGGUGGUGCUAUAUCAUGCACGGUAUUGGUGCGUCGGUUAUCUUCCCAACAAUCCGAGACCUCUUCCGAGUUGCUGUGCUGGGUCAUCUUGCCAUUCCUGUCAAGAAUUAAGGCUUCACGAGAUAUCAAUACAAACUCGAGAGCAGCUUCUCCAUCCAUUGCCGAACCUCACCAUGCAUCUUCAAGAUCAUUAUGGGUUGUUGCAGCAUGCCUUACGGUCGCCAGCUGUUUCCAAGCCGAGAUUGGCACUAUUGGACUUCUUCCGGCGUUGACUCCUCUCCUUCUGAUAGCUGAGAAACAGUCUUGGUGUCCAAUUCGAAGCCCAAGAUUGUCUGAUCUGGGGCAAUCUUCGUCUUUUAUCUGGGGCACAGCUUUUGUUGCUUCGCUUGCCGUUUUGACUGCACCAGACCGGGAUUCUCUGGGGCUGAUUCUUUCAGUCGUCCCGCUUGCUUGUCUGGUGCUCGUCUACAUCGCUUUCACACCAAGAAGUGAAAGCACACCUUACCUUCCUCGCAUUGAUAUCGAGGAAGCUAUUCUUACACUUUCAAAUCGAGUUGUAGUCUUCCUAAUCCUGGCACUGAGUCUUCAAAUGUUCGCAUUUGGAUUGUCCAGCACUGGCAUUAUGUCCAUGUUGUUAUUAGGUUUCACUAAAGCUUUUUCUUGGUAUUUCAUGAUCAGAAUGGCCCGAAAGUCUUCAUGGAGCAUCGCCACUACCAUAGUGACAUUCAGCAUGGUGUCCACCCAUGACUUUUCCAUGCUGUCUUCAGAUACUAUGGCUUUAUUGCAAGUUAUAAUUGCUUUUCUCCUCCUUGGUCAAGUGAUUUACAUGCUUCCAAAGCAAGACAGAGCCAACUCAAUCCUCUGGAUAUUUAUCCUAGUCCCUUUGGUACCGUACCUAGCAAACAUCGCUGCUAUCAGAGAAUCACAUUCUUUAGCACGAGUAAGCUUUGGCCGUUUGCGGAAGCACCCUGUUGAAAGCCUCGUUCAACAAGCUAAGACCGAUUUCAAACAAAUGUUGCAGAGAGAAUCAAAGAACUACACCGCAGCAUAUCAAGAGUACGAACGUCGAUACAUGAUGAAGCCUCCACCAGGUUUCGACGCUUGGUAUGACUUCGCCACAUCAAAUGAAUCACCCAUCAUCGAUGAAUUUGACGUGAUUUUCGACAUGAUCUCUCCGUACUGGAAGCUCAGUGGUCAUGAGGUUACCAAGGCAAUGUCGGAUACGCAGAACGUACUUGAUGUGGACCUCUGGAUGUGCACUUUUGUUGGAGAAGACACCAAAUUCCAUUGUAGCCAUCCGUCUCGCACUUUCGACAGAAAUAUCGAGCUCAUGUUCAACACGCUUAUGGUAGAUCUAAGUGGAUAUUUACCCAAUGUCACCUUCCUCGUCAAUCAUCUUGAUGAACCAAGGAUUCUGAUUCCACCACAUUUAUUGCAGAGGAGAGCUCUCUAUGAUAAUGGUGACUUCAAAGUCAUGGACCUGUCCAGACAACCCACCUGGACCAAGGUAACGAAGUUCUGUACAUCACAAUCUCAUAACGAGUCAACAAUACCCGAACAUACCGUGGAAACAUUCGGUCUUCCAUUCGUGGCGAAUCGUUCCUCGACGAUAGACGUGUGUCAACAUUCCGAAUAUAGCGCCAUGCAUGGCCUGUUCAUAAAGCCUACAUCUUUCAGCUUAAUCGAAGGCCUGGUACCUGUACUCUCCACUGGCUCACUUUCGACAAUGGGCGACUUAUUGAUUCCAAGUCCAGCUUACAUCGAACCAGGGUUUCGAUACAAUGGGGCACAUGACGUUGACUGGGACCAGAAAAGAAACAAUCUUUACUGGGCUGGCUCUACCACCGGCGGCUUCGCUUCAGACGAUUCGUGGCGUCAGUACCAUAGACAGAGAUUUGUGAAGAUGGGUCAAAAUUUGGAGAAACAGAAUAGGUAUCUCCGAGAAAAUGAUGGUGUGGUUAGCUCCAAGAAAUCUUCGUUUCUGAACGGCAGAUUGUUCGACGUUGCAUUCACGAGGAUCUUUCAGUGUGAGAGAAAGUUUUGCAGAGACCAAAGGGCUUAUUUCAAGAGCAAGUCUUGGGCAGACAAAGACCGAGCCCUUGGAUCACGACUCGUGUUUGAUCUUGACGGAAAUGGUAUCAGUGGCCGAUACUACAAAUUGCUUGCUUCGAAAUCUACGCCCUUGAAGCAAACGCUUUUGCGAGAAUGGCAUGAUGAUAGGCUGGUACCUUGGGUGCAUUAUGUACCUGUUAGCCAGAGCCUGGAAGAGCUUCCUGAGUUGAUCUUCUAUCUCACGUCGACUGAAUUCGGUCGGCAAAGGGCGAAAGAAAUUGCGGAGCAGGGUAGAGAAUGGUUUGAGCACGCUUUCCGAGAUGUUGAUCUCAGCAUUUAUGUGUACAGAUUAUUGUUAGAACUAGCGAGAUUACAAGACCCCGAGAGGAGAGCAAGCUAGAUCGUGGUCUACGCAUGUAUCAUCGCAAUGUAGAG